AUGACUGAAACUAAAACUAGUGCCAUUCUCCACCGGGACACACGCUUUGUCCCAAAAAAAGCCAUUGGUGGCAAAGGAUGCUAUGUGUUUCUAGAAGAUGGGACCAAAUUUCUCGAUGCUACAGGUGGUGCAGCUGUAUCUUGUCUGGGACAUGGCAAUGAGCAGGUCAACCAGAUGAUCAAGGAUCAGAUGGAUCAGAUAUCCUACUGUCAUUCUUCCUUCUUCGGCACCCAGGUGGCCGAGGAUCUUGCCCAGCUCUUGGUGGACUCCACUGGAGGAAAACUAUCUAAGGUCUUUAUAGCUAGUUCGGGAUCUGAGGCUGUUGAGGCUGCAAUUAAGCUAGCACGCCAAUAUUUUUUGGAGCUUCCAACUCCCCAAAGUGAGCGCACCAGGUUCAUUGCGCGUCUUCCAUCCUACCAUGGCACCACGAUUGGGGCCCUUUCAGUUGGUGGCCACGUUCAGCGUCGGCAGCCAUUCGAGCCACUGCUCUCCAAGAACGUAUCGCAUGUUUCCCCAUGCUAUGCAUACCGUGGAAAGCGGGAUGGCGAGUCUGAUGCAGACUAUGUGGCACGUCUGGCAGCCGAGCUAGAUGCUGAAUUCCAACGUGUCGGGCCUGAAACUGUUUGUGCAUUUAUUGCAGAGCCAGUCGUCGGCGCGGCUCUCGGUUGUGUUCCCGCAGUGCCAGGGUACUUUCGUGCAAUGAAAGCCGUUUGCGAGAAACACGGCGCUCUCUUGAUCCUCGACGAGAUUAUGAGCGGUAUGGGCCGCUGUGGAACCUUGCAUGUCUGGGAGCAAGAGGGUAUUGUUCCCGAUAUCCAAACUAUUGCAAAGGGUCUGGGUGGUGGUUACGCGCCGGUGUCGGCCAUCUUGAUCAGUGACUCUAUUGUGCAGACUAUGGACAAAGGCACCGGGCAGUUCCGCCACGGACAGACAUAUCAAGGCCAUCCCAUCUCAUGUGCUGCUGCGUUAGCUGUGCAAAAGACUAUUCAGGAACAAUCUCUCCUGGAAAAUGUCCGGACCAUGGGUGCCUACCUCGAGAAACAGCUGAAGCAGCGAUUCGAGAGUCAUCCACAUGUGGGAGAUAUUCGUGGGAAAGGAUUGUUCUGGGGUCUUGAAUUUGUCAAAGAUAAGGCCACGAAAGAGCCAUUUGACUCCAAGGAUUGCUUGUCCUACAGGAUUCAGGAGAGUGGUCUACGACCGGAGCACAGUGUCUCGCUUUAUGGCUGUUCUGGUACGGUGGAUGGAAUUAAAGGAGAUCAUAUCAUCCUCGCGCCACCUUAUAUCGUGUCGAGAGAGGAGAUUGAUAUUAUUGUCGACACGCUGGAGAAAGUUCUGAGAGAGGUUUUUGCCCCUCUAUAG